AUGGGAGGAGGAAUAUACGGGGCAGUGAUGGAGGAGAUAACGUUGUACACGGGACUUUCACCGGCGGCCUUCUUCACAAUCGCAGGGAUGAUGGUUGUGGUUUACAGAAUUGUCAGCGCAAUGUUUGUAGGGCCCGAAGACUACAACAAGCCUCCCGUGGCGGCGAGCAUCGGCACCGAUUCCAAUUUGGUUAACAAGUACUUGAAUCUCAACCAAACCACCACCACAACUCCGACGCAAAUGGGAGACAUGACGGAGCAACAAUUGAGAGGCUUUGAUGGUUCUGAUCCCAAUAAGCCUCUGCUCAUGGCCAUCAGAGCUCAGAUCUACGACGUCUCUUCCUCCAGGAAUUUUUAUGGUCCUGGGGGACCGUACGCAAUGUUUGCUGGAAGAGAUGCUAGCAGAGCUUUAGCUCUUCUGUCCUUCAAGCCCCAAGACAUAAAUGGCAACAUUGAAGGUCUUGGUCCUGAUGAACUUGAGAUUCUACAGGACUGGGAAGAUAAAUUCAUUGAAAAAUAUCCCAAUGUUGGGAAGCUUGUAGCAGAGCCAACAAAGACUGAGCAAACUGAAGCUCAACAGCAAGGAAUUGGGCAAGAACAAUAG